CUUCCAAAGUACCUAUCACGGGUCAAACCAACUUGUACGUUUCUGGGGAAAAAAAAAAAAAAAAAAAAACAAGUCUAGUGUUUGUUUCUUUCGCUGAGGAAAAAAAAAAAUUCCAUACGUGUGUAUUUUAAAAAUUACGCGGCUUUUCUUUAACGCGGCGUGUUUUGUGUUUGGAUUUUAAAUGGAAGAACUUUUUUGUUGUUGUUAAUUACAAGACGGUAAAGGUAACGCGAUUCAAGUCAGGCAGCCCCCUGUGUUUUUGUCCAGAUGGUUCGGUCUGUUUAAAGCCCUUCUCCCUGACUAAAGAGCUCUAGUUUGGGUUCGGUACACCCAAAGGGGUGGCAGUUUACCUGAGGUGAGCGUUUAUUUAAUCUUUGGAUUAUUAUAAUACAUAAAAUACGCCAUUUAAUUAACCCUUUUCAAUGAGGUUGACGUGCGCUACGUGAACAGUUCCUAAAUUGGAUUGCCAGAAAACACGGAUGUCACUUGGCACCUCUUACAAUUAAGAAAGCUCUGAGCUGCAGAGCAAGAAAAAACAAAACUGCAGAGAGUCCGCGCUGGAGAGGUCUGGGUGCGAGAGCGGGGGACUCUGCCAGGGAGAGAGGCUGGCUCCUGUUCCAGUGGGAGUGACACUGAAUGGCAACCAGUCCAAAUCACCCCCCUGCCCAUGACCUCCACUGCAAGGUAAAAGUUCAAUUAGCGGGAGAAGUCGAGGGCAGAACCUCGCAGGAGUCACAAGACAUGGAGGUCAAAGGUCAUCUGAUCACAUCAACGGGGCUCGGCUCCACAGACUCUCAGUCUUCAGAUCUGGAUUCGAAACUGCGCUCGGACCGCGUCGCUGAGCUACUCGACAGGAAGAGGGCGCUACAGAGCGCGCUGAGCUCCCGUCUCGUGGAUCUCAAGAAACUCUGUCUGCAAGAAGCGGAAUUUACUGGCGAGCUUCCAAAUGAGUACCCUCUGGAAUCUGGAGAGAGACCCCCCCAUGUCAGACGCAGAGUGGGAGGGUCCUAUCGGGUCCCCAGCACCUCGAAUGCAAAGGGAGAGGAGUCCUGGCUCGAGGACAUGGAGCGUCAGUUCUCUCUGCAGCAGCAGAUCGUGGAGGCGGCCCGGCGGCUGGCUGGGGGGGUGGAGCCGGGGGCGGAGCAGCGCAGGAGGAGGCAGGUGCUCUCUAGCGCCACCCGCAGGCUGCAGGAGCUGGAGGAGCUGAUCAACGAGCAGAGAGCCAAGCUGGGCUGGAAACCCACGCAGAGAGCAGCCCGCCUGCUGGAAGACGACAGCUUUCACUCAGAGAACAGCUCCGUGUCCGACUCCACGAGCCACGAGAACGACGACCCCCCCUCUGGCUUGAAGUCCCCCGCCAGCGCCCUGCCGGACCGCCCCUCGCCCCCCAAGUCUCGGCUGGGCCGGGGGAGCCCCGAUUGCAGGGCGAACCGUCAGCUGUCCCCCAUGGAGCUGUACCAUGAGAUGAAGAAUCAACGAAGCUCUGUUGCCAGCACAGCGAGCCCCAGUCGUAUUCUGCCACGGAGCAUCUCGAAUGUAGAGGGGAGGAGCGUCCUGGCCACGCCCCUCCUGCCCAGGACCACCCACAGUGGUGGCCAUCUUAGGCAUGACAUUGCCAGCGGCCUUUGUCUCAGGCAGCGGUCGGACACCCCCGAAGGACCCCUCCCCUUGCCGCUGCAGGAGGAGAUGGCGGCUGCGCCUGCUGGGUCCUUCGAGCGAGGGGGCUGCCCGAACGCCGCCCGCACUCGCCGCAGCAGCAGCACCGAGGCCCUUCUCGACCGCUCUGCGUGCCACGAGCCCGGGGGGAGGGGAGGAGGAGGAGGGGGGGAGCUGGCGGUUCGAGGGCCCUUCAAGAGCUCGGAAACGCUGAGCGACGGGAAGCAGCUGUGCCGAAGCCCGGAGCGUUACGAGAGCCGGCCGCAGGGGUGUGUGGGCGGCAGGGGCGGGACUUCCUACAACGACAUCCUGCUGGACUACAUGUGGGAAAAACAGCAGAAGCAGCUUGAAGCGGGAAGGACUUGCAUGGAAGGGCGUUCGCCCGCAACCCCCCAGCCCACCAACGGCUGCCCCUCCCUGCUGUGGCAUCGGGAUCUCGCCCCCUCGCCGACUCGCCCAGGCGCCGGCAACAGCAGCCCUUUGCUGAGGGGCCGGGGAGAGGUGCGUCAGGUCAAAGUGACCCGGACUAAGUCUUGUGGGCCUUUUAUCCCUUUGAACAAGCAGCUCCGACACCUGCCCCACCGCUGCCAGCACCAGGAAGGGAUGGCGCUUCCGGAUUUUGCCGAGGCUCCGAACGACAGACGGGGCGAGCUGCCGGGGUCCCGUGGCAGAGGGGAGGAGUCCAGCCACGUCCUGCACAAGGCUCUGGCCCUGGAGGGGCUGCGAGAUUGGUAUAUCAGAAACGCACUGGCUCACAGAGGGGCGGGGCAGCCUCCGCAGGGCAGGGGCCAGGAUUUCGGGAGGCAGAGACUUUAUCAGCAGCCCCCCAGGCAGCUCUCCCAGUCCGACCAGUGUUGCCGUGGUCCACUCCAGCAGCUCUCCCAGUCCAUCAGUUUUCAUGGGAGCCCGCUCCACGGCAGGCACCUGGAGCUCUCUCUUUAUCAGGAUAACUUCCAGAGUCAGCUGCAAGACCUGAGCCUGGCAGACCCAGCUGUUGAUAUGCCUUCACCAGGGACACUCGUCUGAGACGCAGGGAGGCAGACAGACAGACAGGGAGGCAGGCAGGCAGGCAGACAGGGAGGGACGCAGACAGACAGACAGACAGGGAGGCAGGGAGAGGGAGGGAGAUGGAACAAGCAAUGAGGUACAGACAGUGAGGCAGUGCAAGCUAUAUCAUAACUUUUAUAGUAUAUAAAUAUUGUUAACUUGCUGUUUUAAUAUAGUUAGCUACAAUUUUUUUUUUAAGCUUACCUUAAAAAUAAUAAUUACAAAAUUUAAAAAAAAAAAAACAAUUAAAGACUUUGAGGGGAAAGUGCUUCAUGAAAAGUUGGAAAAAUAAAUGUCAGGCAGCUUAUGGGAUCCAUUACCAGCUUCUGCACCAGUUUAGUGGGGAAAAAACAAACAUGCCACUGUCAUGUAACUGCAGUUAAGAAAAGGCUCUGGGGUGAGUUUGUUAGAAGCGACGCUCCCAGAUUUGAAAGGACCUUCGUCAAACGCACUCCUCUGGUUUCCUGCUGUCCAGUGCACAAAACAAACACGUGGGGCUCCUCCUCCUGUUUUCUGGACGCAUCGAGUUUGGACACCGUGUGGAAAUGUCUUUGCGGUCCGGACUGGGAGAGGAAUUCCGGCUUUUCGAAUGACAUCUCCUAAAAUCUCGAUUCCUUCGGAGGAAAUCGUUUUAAAAAAGGAAUGGGGGGGGGUUCAGGAUCCUCAUUUUGACUGCAGUGAGAUAUUCCUGAACGCCAGGCUGGACUGCGCUGGGCUGGAGCACAACGAUGACAUAAGCAGGUCUUAUGUAUGCCGAGGGGGGGGGGUGAAUAAAAAGCAAAACGUUUCUGUUGUUUCU